AAUCAGGAAGGGGGCAAACACUUUUUCACACAACUGUAUGUAUAUGUGUAUAUGUGUGCAUAUAUUUUGACCCAGUACUAUGCUUUCAUUCUCAUUUGUUUUAUCUAAAAAGCCUGUAUUAAUUAGUUUUCCAUUCACAUUAAAGGGUAAAUGGAAAGUCACAGGGUUCAACCUGCACACAUUUUCUAUUUUCGGUCGGUGUAAUUGCCUCUUUUCUCCUCCAGAUCACGGAGUGAUCCGCAGCAACCGAGUGUUUGAUGCCAUGCUGGCUACAGACAGAGGGCUCUACGCUAUAGACUAUCCUUAUGCAGACUCUCCUCAGUCCAUAGGCUACAGAGCGACCAUCAGUGCACCACACAUGCAUGCUCAUGCUUUGGAGCUGUUAAGUGACAAACUAACUGAAGGGGCAUCGGCACUGGAUGUGGGUUCAGGAAGUGGAUAUCUCACAGCCUGCUUUGCACGGAUGACAGGACCUAGUGGUAAAGUGGUUGGCAUUGAACACAUUGAUGAACUGGUUCAAAUGUCAAUAAAAAAUGUGCAAGCUGACGACCCAGAACUGCUCAGCUCUGGACGCAUCAGACUUACAAUGGGAGAUGGACGGCUCGGACACCCAGAAGGAGCGCCGUAUGAUGCCAUUCAUGUUGGUGCAGCUGCAGCUACUGUUCCUAAGGCUCUCUUGGAGCAGCUGAAGCUUGGUGGACGGUUGGUUCUCCCAGUGGGCCCCGACGGCGGCAGUCAGGUGUUGGAACAGUACGAUCGGCAGAGCGAUGGGACCUUUCUCAAGAAAGCUCUGAUGGGAGUGAUUUACGUCCCCCUGACUGACAAGAGGCGUCAGUGGCCUGGAGGUGAGCUCUGACUGCAGUGUGGUUGCCCCCACAGGAGGUGGCGUUGGUGUUGCAUCUCCGGGGCCCCGUAGCGCUUCUCAUCGUUCCACUGAGCUCUGGUCUUAACAGCCACCUGCCCCACUGGGUUGUCUCCCAGCAAAGUACAAGGAGGAUCCUUCUCUGUUUGCCCGACCAGAUCGUCUUACAAGAGUGAUCAAACUCAGACUGAAUGAGCGACCACCGCUGGACUGAUGACCAUACUCUCAGAAUGCUCUGGGUCAGUUAGAGAGUGAUGAGGUUAUUGUGGAUGACAAAGACAGGUUGCCUGAGAUCGAAGUGAUUCACAGUAUUUUAUAUAUGGGUAAGUCAGUCAGGUUCAGCCUUGAGAAAAGUGCAAUAUCAGCUUAAGAAGCUACAGAACGUGUUCUUCUGGAUGAUUGUGGGAAACUCAGAUGAGUGGUAAAUGUGUGACCUUGUGUGUAAUCUUAUGGGAACACUUUGGCUUUGAAUGCAGUAACACUUAAAUACAAACCCAAGUACAAGCCAAGGAAGUUAAUUGAAAAUUCAGCAAAUUAACAAUGUAAUAUAUAUAUUUUGUGGUAGGAAAUAGUUUUUACUGGCUUCAUAUACUGUAUGUUUAGGAUAUGUCCUGUUUGACAUUGUUCCUGUAGAGCAAAGGGGGUAUUGUGCCAAAAAAUGAUUAACUGAGGCACUGAAUUAUGUGUAAGAUUUAUUAAUAAAACCUACUAAAUGGAUAAAU